AAUAUUUUAUACUUUAUUUACAAAUUGGCAUUUUUAACACAUCAAUUUUAAACUAAGCGAUUUAGCCACAUUCCAAAUAGAUGGCAGACACACCCGAAUCCCAGGCAGCCUUGAGCACCUCCACCUCCACGCCCGCCGACAAGGAUGGUUCCAAAAUCUGUAUCCUUCUGAACGCCACUGGAAAUGUGCCCAUCAUCAAAAAGCGAACCUGGACCGUUGAUCCCAACAAAACAGUCAGCUGGAUUCAAAAGUUCAUCCACAAGUUCCUGAAACUUGAUGCCAAUGAGCAAAUAUUCCUGUAUGUUAAUCAGACAUUUGCCCCCGCUCCGGAUCAGAUAAUCAAGAACCUAUACGAGUGUCACGGCACCAAUGGGAAACUGGUGCUCUAUUACUGCAAGAAUCAGGCGUGGGGCUAAAUCGAUACGCACUUGACUACGCUAAAUCUUAAGUAUUUAUUUGUAUAUUAAAUGUGAAUAAGCUGAUGUUGCGAACUCGA